UUUCUGUACGGGCCUCUGAAAGGGAAUCGAAUCGAAUCGCUCCAAAUUGGCGUUGGAAUGUCCAAUAAUAAACGGUAGAUUCUAUUACUCGUUAACCCCGCGGGUCAAUGAGAGAGAACUAUGGCAAAAGAUACAAAGUAGCUGCUGUACCCUUGCCACAGCCACAGAUACAGAUACAUGCCUCUGAGAGUGUGGCAGUAAUUGAAUUAACCUUUGCGUGCCGUCUGUCUCUGUCCGUGUCUGUGAAUAAAUCGCGGGUCUUGGCUCGAGUAACACUAUUCCUCCGUCCUUCGUCGUACCGAUAGAUGGACGAGGCUUCUGGCACGACGACAACCGAUGGCAAGUCCCUGGAUGAGGCGCCGGUGGCCGCAGGACUGGAGCCCACACAGCCGAUCGGCUUCCUGCAGCUCUUCCGCUUCUCCACCUGCGGGGAGAUCGCGUGGCUCUUCUUUGGGUUCCUCAUGUGCUGCGUCAAGGCGUUGACCCUGCCCGCAGUGGUCAUCAUUUACAGCGAGUUCACAGCACCCUCUCCGCUGCCACGAACAUCACCACGCUGUCGUUUCCCUUCACGAUGGCCAACAGCAGCGGCGGCGGGUACACCAUUCCCACGGGGACCCUGAGCAUCCUUCCAUCGCGGCGAACGCCCAGCUGCCGACCAUCACGACAACGGCCAGUGGCUACGAGCCCAAUGACGUCAUCACCACGAUCCCCGUCUCGCUCUCCAUUCAGCG